UCCGGUUGUUUGGCAAGCGGCGCGCGCGUCUUAAAAUCUCUUUCGCUCUCCCCAUCGUUCAGCAGUUGCCAAUUUUUUGAAAGUUCAAACGAAACGAAUGCGCGCACGUAGCAAUAAACAAAAGAAGAAAAAUCGCGAAAUAGCUAAAGAAAGAGAUUAAAACGCCCACGCAAAACCAACAAAAAUUUCAAAUAAAACACAAAAAAGAGUGGAAGAAACACAUAAAGCUACAACCGACAACAUCAGCAACAACAACUGCGCGACAGCAACACUCAACAUACAUCACUCAUACACACACACACACACACACACACACAAAUACACACUACUGCUCUGUCCAACAUGGAACGCCGACAAACGCUAGACUCAUCGAUGUCUUCACUGUACUCCGGCUCGAAUGUCUCUCAAACACCCUCGCGCACCCACCAAGAACAACAACAACAACAGCAACAGCAACAAGACGCUUUCAAUUAUUCAGCAACAAUGUCAUCAUCAGCGGCCGGCUCGCCAACGCCAAGCCAGAGCGGAUUGCAGUCACAGGCUCUGCCGCCGGCCUCCCCAUCGCCACAUCCUCAUCAUCCUCAUCACCAUCAUCAUCAGCAGCUUCAUCAUCACGCAGCUGCUGGCUCUGAGCAUAGCAGCGCCAGUGGCAGUGGCAGCAGCGGCCGCAUGCGCGCCACAACCAUCGGAACAGUCGUGGUGAGAUGUGGACCCAUACAGCUGGUGAUAGCGCUGUUGCAAAGUCCCGAGAAAAUUUACAUCAAAGUGGUGGAGCUCGAACCCAAAAUCACAGAACUAGGCGCCAAUCUUGAUGAGUCGUUGCGCAUGCAAAGAGAUCACGAUGAGACGCUGCGCAAUCUACAGAACCUGCCCGGUCCCAUGGACGAAUUUGUACUGAAGGCCGACAAACUGUUGGCCAGUAAACGCAUCAGUUCCGAACUAGUCAACGCCAUGGCCGACACACUGAACAUCAUCUGGCAGGACAUACUAAAUCUUCUGCAGGAUCGCCAGCAUUUACUGCUGUUGUGCACACAAUUUCACGACAAGAUGACACAGUGUUUCCGUCGCAUGGACCAGCUGGAGGUGGCCUGCAGCGACACCAUGCUGCCCAUUGAGGUGGGCGGCGUGCAAGAGUUCCUCAACAAGUUCAAGCAGUUGCGCAUCGAUAUGCUAACCGGCGUAAUGGCGGCUCUGAAGGACGGCAAUGAGUUGCUCGCGCAGCUGCAGGAGCUGGAGAAUCUGGAAACGCUGGACACACGACCGGAGCACAUCAAACGCGAUGCCACACGUGCUGUUCAUCAGGUGCAGCAAUGGUUAGAGGCAUUGCAUGAUCGUCGCAAUGCUUUGGAGCUGGCCUGGCAGACACGCAAAACCCAAUUGGAGCAAUGUCUGGCAUUGGCGUUGCUGGGACGAGAACUAAUAGAGCUAGAGGAGGCGCUCAGAAUACAACGCAACGAGGUUAGCAACAUGUUCAGUCUGGGCGAAUGCGAGCACUCGGCAAAGAGCACGUUGCUGAAUUAUCGGGAAUGGAAACAGCAGGCGUUGCUGCUACGGGAUCGUGCGCUGAAGAUCACGCGAGCCAAGGAAAAGGUGCAGGCCGCUGGCACGUUUGCUGGGGAUGAGGCAUGCGCUCGUGCCUAUGCUGUACUCAGUGCGUGUACGGAGCACUUGGAUUUGAUUGAUCAACGCGAACACUGGCUACAACAAUCACGUGAGUUCUUCGACAAAGCCGAGCACACAUUGGCGGUCCUGGAGAAGCUGGAAGUGGAGUUGUCGAGCGUCAAAUUACCGCCCAACACGCCCGAAAGUUUUGCCAUGUACGCCAAGGUAGCACGCGAUGUGCGCAACUUUACCGAAGAGCCGCUGCGUCUGGGCUAUGGCAUACUCGACGAGGUGGGACGCACCCAGCAGGAGACACAGGGCAUCAAGCGUGUGCUGGAUGAGCUCGAAAAUCGCAAGGCCUAUAUUGAGGGCAUAUGUGCGCACAGCAAUGCUGAUCAGCAAAGGGUCCAGCAGGCACUUAGCGAGUUCCUCUCACAGCACAACGAACUGCUCGCCUGGCUGCGCGCCUCCGGGCAACUACAGCUCCAACAGAUCGUCGAUAUGGGUCGCAAUCUGCAGCAGAGCAAGCAGUUCUUGCUGCAGCAUCACGAACUUAUGCAGGAUCUGGAGAUUAAGGGCGAGCUCAUUAACUUGCUGUUGGAGUCGAUUAAGGUGCACUUGGAAUCGCUGAGUCCACAACAGCGUUACGAUGUUGACUCCAAGGCUGAGGCGUUGCACAAACAUUGGAUCGAAUUGAAGGAUUUGGUGCUGAAACGUGUCGAUUAUGUUUCACUGCUCAUUGAGUUCUUUGAGCAGGCCAAUGAGCUCUCUAGUCAGCUGGACAAUAUGCAGCGCCAAUUGCUGCAGACGCCCGAUGAGCACAAACUACAGUUCCUGCAGGCCACCUGGUCCAAUAUUGGUAGCAGCUACAGCGAGCUCAAAGCACGUGGCCAGCGCUUCAUCAAUCUAAAAAUUGUGGAUCCAUAUCUCGAGACGAAAUCCUCAACGCAGGCAGUGGAAGAUAUACUGAACGACUUCAGUAAGCGGCAGAUCGACGUGACGAGCAGUUUGGAAAAUUGGACAACAACUAUAGCGGAGAAGCGCGAAGUAGAAUAUCUAUUGGAGAAAGUCAUGAGCGAUAACGAGGAGACUGUGGCCAAGACCACUCAAGUGGACACACAGCUUUAUCCGGUCUUCAGCUCGCCUAGUGUGGAUGCCAAACAAUUGUUGACCAUCACACGAGACAAGCUGUCACACGUCACACAGGAUAUAGAACGGGCUCAGGAUGAAAUACAACAACGUAUUCAAACCACACUGAGCAUACAGACCAAGGAUCAGCAGUCGCUGGCCAAGAUCGAGCAGGUCAUUAACAAUUUGCGCAUGCUGAAGGCAAAACUCGAUGGCAUCAAGUACGACUAUCGCACUCUCAUCGAGAGCGUACUGCAAUUUCUGGAGAAUAUUGUGCAGUUGCGUCGUGAGAUCGAUGCCUAUUUUGCACAGCAGCAGCAGCAACCGGCUAGUUCGGGUGUGGAGCGCACAAUAGCCGAGCAUGAGAAAUUCCGCGAUCAGUGCAUGGAUAAAUUUAGAUCGUUAAUCACACAAUCCGAGCUGCUGAUCGAUCGUGUGCGCGUACUGGAGCCGCCGGGUGCACGAGAAAUCGAUACGGAUCGCAUAUUGAAACUCUUGGAGAAUCUGCGCAUUCACUUCGAAUCGAAUAACAGCACCAGAAUGUCGACGCUGGAGCGCCUCGAAAAGAUCGAGCUGUUCCGCAGCGAUCUGGACGAUAUUAAUCGUAGUCUGGAUAGUGUUAGCAAGCAGCUUUACGAGAUCAAUGGACAGAGCGUCGAUAGUUUGGCCGCUGCCAAGACAACGUCGCUGGCAUUCGAGUAUUUUGAACGUACCAUAGAGUUGCUCGAGAAACGUAUUGAGAAAUUCACAGAGUCCACAAGUCAACAGCUGCUAAUUAGUAAUCCCGAAAGCGAAUCCUACGUAAAAGAUGAGCUGCGCAAGCUCAACGACAAAUGGCAAAGCUUCAAGGACCAAGUGAAGCAAAAACGAAAGAGCCUCAAUCAGGCAACCGAGUUCUUCGAAAUGGUAGAAAAGAUUGAUGCCGAAUACCGCGAGAUAAGUUACUUCUACAACAGCGUGUCCGGCAAGGUUCCCUAUCUACGCGAUCCGGUUGAAGCGUCCAAUUUAGUCAACGAUAUUGAAAAAUAUGUGGCCAAUCGCGAAGGACCACUUCGUGCCAAACUAGACAAUGCAUCGCACUGCGCUCACGACAUGAACAAAGUCUCCUCUCUCUACAACGAAGUCAUGACCAUUUUCCAAUCCUUCAUCAAGCUCAAGUCGGAUAUCAAUAUUGUGCAGGAUCGUCUCAAGAACGAAGAACGACAGCGUGAGCAGCGUGAACGUGAAGCGCGUGAGCAGGCAGAGCGUGAGCAAUCGUUGCGUGAGGCGGAAGCUAGAGAGCGGGCAGCUCGCGAAGAACAGGCACGGUUGGAGUCUCAACGCCAACAGGCGGCCAUUGAGCAGGCUCAGCGCGAACUGGCUGCUCGUGAGCUCUCACUGCGUGAGAAAGCUGUGCGCGAGGAGGAGGCACGACUUAACGCACUGCGAGAAGAAGAGAUGCGUAUACAAACUUUGCGUGAGCUUGCCAAAAGGGAAGAGGAGUCGCGUCUUCAGGCUAUACGCGACCAAGCCAAGCGUGAGGAGGAAGCACGACUUCAGGCACUCCGCGAACAGACGCAACGCGAGGAAAUUGCACGCUUGCAAACGUUACGCGAUCAGGUCGAUCAGCAGCGCAUUGUCACCGAAAACAUACGCAAAGACAUUCAGGUUAAUCAGAUCUUCACCGAGCUGCGCUACGCCUCUCCACUCUUUGUGCGUCCGCUCAAGGAUGCAGUCACGCGUGAGGGCGUUCAGUUUGUUUUCGAAUGCGAAGUCACGGGCACGCCAGAGCCCAGUGUGGAGUGGUUCAAGGAUGGCAUCUCCAUACAGAAUAAUGCCGACUAUAGGACAACAUUUGACAAAGGCAUCUGCCGUCUGCUCAUUGAGGAGACUUUUGCUGCAGACUCGGCUCGUUUCAGCUGCCGUGCCUCCAAUCUGGUGGGAACUUGCGACACAAAUGCCACGCUGGCUGUGCGCGAAAAUGCCGCUGAGAUACAACUCGUGCCACCGCGAAUUGUGCGUUUCCUGCAGAGUGGCAAAGCAACCGAGGGCAGCUCCUUCCAAUUCUCUUGCGUAGUCACUGGAAACCCACUACCAACCGUUCAGUGGUUCAAGAAUGACAAAUGCAUCGAUGAUUCACCGGAUUAUGUCAUCAGCUAUAACAAUGGCGAGGCUACAUUGCGAUUCGAGGAAGUCUUCCUCGAAGAUGAUGCUGUCUACACCUGUAGUGCCUCAAAUCCGGCGGGCAUUGAGCAUUGCUCGGCCAGUUUGAUUGUGGAACCCCUGGAACCCACGGAGCUACCCAGUUUCAAGGUACCACUAUCCAAUGCUAUGGCGCGUGUGGGCCAGAAAAUCAAACUGGAAGCCAUUGUGAGUGGCUUACCAUGCCCCGACAUCUAUUGGCUGCACAAUGGGAAGCCAUACCAGCCACGCGAAGGCAAAUACGAAUUUGGCCGCGUAACGCUGAUAAUCCCGCAAGCUUAUCCCAACGACGCCGGUGUCUACGUUUUGAGUGCAAAGAACUUGGCUGGCGAGGCGUACAGUACGUGCAACGUGAUUGUGAAAGGACGCCUCCCGAACGAGACGUCCGAUUCCGAAAUGGCCUCCGACAUCGAGCCCAUCAAGCCGGCAGUGCAUAUGCCACUAAAAGAUAUAUCCAUAUUCGAGGGUAAACCUGUGCGCCUGGACUGUGUGAUUGUCGGCCAGCCGGAGCCAGAGGUGAUUUGGUAUCACAAUGAGCGACCCGUCAAGGAAUCGGCCGAUGUGCAGUUACUGUUCCAAGGAGAUCGCUGUUCGCUGAUCAUACAGGAGGUCUAUCAGGAGGAUGCGGGCAACUACAAGGUGGUUGCCAUCAAUUCGGCUGGCGAAACAUCGAGCAGCUGUGAGCUCAAGGUCACGCCCCUCAACAUAGCCGAGCCAGCAACGCGCGCCCAAGCGGAACGCCAGUCCCUGCCCAAGGACUCACAACCGAAAUUCGAGCGCUUGCUGUCCGAUGUGCUGGUCGAUGAGGGAGAGCAGGUAGUGUUGGAGGUGCAGGCUAGUGGGGAUCAGCCGCUUAGUGCGCAAUGGUAUCUGACGAAUAAGGAGUUGCAGCUAAACGAUCGCGUCAUCACGCAGGCGGAUGCGCCAGCGGGCAUUUUCAAAUUGAUCCUCAACAAUGUGAGUGCCAAUGACAAGGGCGUGUAUACGGUUAAGGUAACGAAUCGUGCGGGCGACGCCAAAUGCUUCUCGCAUUUAAUAGUCAAGUCGGUGAAUGCGCCCGAGAAUCGACGCAGCAGCCAAUCCUCUGUGGAAAUUGUAGAGCGUCACAUGUGUCCCGAAUUCAAGGAGCUGUUCAGUGACAAGCAGGCACAUGUCGACGAUGUUGUGAAGUUCGAGUGCAUUGUCAAGGGCAAGCCUACGCCCAAGAUACACUGGUAUUUCAAUGAUCAGCCCGUGCAUGGGCACAACUUCCUUGUCUCGACAAGCGGUGAUCGCCAGGUGCUGACCAUUCAGAAGCUUUGUCAUGAUGCCGUCGGCAAGAUCAGCUGUGUGGCAGAGAAUGAGGCAGGAAAGGCCACUUGUGUGGCCUUCCUCAAUAUCAUAGGCAGCGGCAUUCCUGCAUCUAGCGACCUUCAAACUGUCACGCAAGAGCACAAUACCGAGUCCUCGCGGGUUACCAUCAAGAAGCAGACCUUUACGACCACCUCCACAUCACAGGUCAACUCAUAUGAGGGCAAUGCGCCCCAGACAGAGGUGCAUCUCUCCAGCGCCCAUAUUGAUCAAUCCCUAAAGCAGUUGGGCCAACAGCGACCCGAAAUUGUUGAGAGCCAUCAUUACCAGGAACUGCACAAGAGCAAAGAGAUGUCCACACCCAAUGUGCAGCAGAAAUCCUUUGUUCUAGUACAGUCUGCCAAUGGAGGGGCGGUUCCGGCUCUAACCAGCGGCCCCUCUGUUCCAAGUUCGCCUACGCGUCUGCGCAAGGAGAUUGCGCCAAGAUUUACGACACCCCUCACAGGAAAGAUUGUCGAUCAAGGCACAGAUGUCAGCAUGGAGGCCAUUUACGAUGGCUUUCCCUCUCCCGAAAUCAAGGUGGAGAAGAAUGGUUGCCAACUGUUCGAUGAUGCACACACCAAAAUAUCGAAUAAAUGCAACCGUGUGACCAUCGAACUGAAGCAAGUGGGUGUGGCAGAUGCUGGACGCUAUGCCGUCACCGCCUCCAAUUCUGUAGGACAAUCGACCAGCAGUGCCGAUCUUGUGGUGAAGAAGACUAUUUUCCCACCAGUCUUUGGACGUCGCCUGCAGGCCCAGGUGAGCAAGAAGGGCGAAAAGUUGAUCAUGGAGGUGGAAGUGACGGGCUUGCCCGAACCAACAGUCACUUGGCUGAAAGAUGAUAAGCCAUUGAAAGAUGCUGGCAUAUCAGAACAUCGCCUGCUGGCCAUGGGAAAUUCUUAUAAACUGAUCAUAGAAAAAGCUCAAACCACAGACUCUGGCAAGUAUAUGGUUAAGGCAACCAAUGCUGGUGGCGAGGCAAAGAGCAUUGCAGACUGCGCUAUUUUGGAGCCCUCCCCGGAACGCAUGCAGGAAGUGGUGAAGACCAUUGUGUACGAAACGCCCGGUGAAUUUAAAACUGAAACAAACUUCAACAAAGAGCCCCCAUCUUUCCAAACAAACCAAGCCGACGUAACCACUGCCAGCGAUUUGCAUGGCCUGUCCGAGUCGAAAGUAAUUACUGAGCAUCGUUGCACCACCGAGGCAACCAUGCGUCUAGAGCAUAAAUCGACCUAUCUAGAUUUGCCAGAGCUGAGCGCAAGACCAAAAACCCCAAUUACCACCACAAACAACAACAGCAACACCACUGCCACCCCGACCAUAGCCACCGGUAUGGAUCAGACCGACACACAGACCACAACACAGAGCGCCACAUAUAAAACAGGUGCCACACAAACACCACCACAAGUGCCGCCCAAGCCCUGCACACCUGUUGUUUCGUCGCCUUUCUGUCAGAGCCUAGCGCCCAUACAAAUGCAACCACUGCAACAACAACCGCCGCAGAUGCAAUCAUCCACAUCUACGUCCACAUCCCGAUACGAGAGCAGCACCAGUGAGCGUAAAUCAUCAUCAUCAUUUGAGUACUUCAAGAAAAUCGACAGCGAACAGAGCAAGAACUUCGAAACUAGCACCAACAAACGACCAACCCCGCAGGCUAUGAAACCGCUGGAGACUGUGGUGAAGCAACCGCAGGCCCACAGUUUGGCCGAGGAGUUGAGAAGCCUUAACAUAAUGCCGGGGCCGCCACCUGAAUUCUGUUACGUGCCCAAGACGGAGAAGCAGGCACCGAAGCCACCGCUAAUAAACGAGAAAAUCAAAAUACUGGAGGAAGUGCAGCCCAAAGACGUACCGCCACAGGGAGGAGUGCCUGUCUUCCCUCCACCAUUGCAGAAUGUGCAUCAUGAAUCCUUCAGCAGCAAGGAAGUGCGUGUGGAGUACGGACAACCGAUUGUGCGGCUGGCCGCUCAAUUACCAAAACCAGCACAACAGAAUACGCGUUCGCCCUCACCCAAGCCCUCGGCCGAGGGUGUGGCCAUGUCCAAGCUUUGGACUCCCAGUGGUGUCAGUGGCUAUGAAAGCUGCACCACCACCAGCGAUGUUGAACACCAUAAGAGUGAAAGCGAGUCAAAGCAAGAGUCCAGCAAGACCAUAACAUCAACAAGUAUUACCAAAUUGCCAACGCCGACACCCACCAAGGAAUUAAACGCCCCAUUUCUGGUGCAGCAGGUGGCAAAAACAAUGGCGCCGGUCACCCGUGUGGUGAACAUUGAGCUGGAGCCGGGCACUCCGCCCGAAAUUUGCUACACACCGAAGCCCGAAGUGCGUCGUCAUUCGCUGGUGGAGAGCAUGGAGCAAAAACUCGAGCAGAAUCUCAUUCAGGGACCAAGUAAAGUGCUGCCGCAUUCGGUGCCCACAUUGACGCCGGUAACAGCACCGAAACUUAACACCAGCACCACCUACAGACCACCACCGCCUGUCCUGCCCAGCAAACUGGGUCGUGGCGAUUACUAUGAGAGCGACUAUGAAAGCGAUCGUUACAAGUAUAGCGGUAGCGAGUCGGAUGAUGCCGGCCAGCGGAAACAGCAAGCCGCCACAGAGGUGUUCAAGUCCAGUGGCUAUGCGGCCGACACGGAGGAGCAUUCGAGUUAUCGCAAAUCCGAGUCCAGCUUUUAUGAGAGCAAGUCAUCAUCUCAGCCACAGCCACAGGCACAGCCACAACCACCUCUUAAGCCCCUCUUGCCUGAGCCACCGGCACAGCUUUACUUUACGCAGCCACCACCACCACCACAACAACAACAACAAUCUUCCUAUAGUCAGGAGGCGAAGGACUAUAAAUACACCUCGAGCAGCAUGACCAGCAAUAUUUCGCACAAUAUUCAGAGCAGCAGUCAUCAUGAGACCAAAUAUCAGUCGACGGCCACGCCCUCAGCAGCUGUAGCGCCCAGUCCAGUGCCGGCGCAACGCAAAACGCCCGCCGCCGAAUUCAGUGACUAUAGCAGCGAGGUGGACGAGCGUUUCCGUUCCGUAUCGCGAGCUAAUGAAUCAGAUACUGAUAUCAAGGGUUAUCGUGUGGUAUUCCCACCCACGCCAACACCGCGCACCAACGUAGCUAAUGGCCACAAAUCGCCAGUGGUUGUAGUUACGCCAUCACCUAUGGAGUUUGAGCCUACGCCGCCCGAGCCAAUGGGAUUCGCACGUCCCAAGUUCGAACCGAUUGGCAAGGAGAUACGCCAUGAGAUUAAGACGGAGAGCAGCAGCAGCCGGCAGGAGCAGAGCAAACAAUUCAAGACAAUGCAUCAGCAACAGCAACAACAGCCAGUCUACAAACCGAAACCUGUGGCGGCCAAAUUCAUAGCGGCUACACAGCAGCAGCAACAACAACAGCCACAGCCUGGCACUCGUCCGACCAUGUAUUAUAAUGCGGUUGCAGGAGUACCUCUCCACACGGCCAAGGUGGCCACCGAAACGAAGAAUGUCAUGCAGAUGAAGGAGUCCACAGAGACAUCACAACGUGUAGUCAACAUGCAACAGACCAAGCGGGUCAUACAUUUUGACAAUCAGCAGCACGAGGAGCACAGCAACAGCUAUCAGCUACAGAAUCUGGAGCCCUUCUCCUACAGUCCGGGUCACAGUCGCACUCCGUCACGCCAGUCUCACUUGCCACCGCCCACAACGCCCACAAAAUUCAUACCCGGCGAGUUCCGUGAGAGCGACUACGAAAGCGAGGUCGAGGGUGCACGCAUUCAGCCCCUAUGGUCGCCCUAUGGCGAUGGUCUGACCAAGGGUUAUCGUCGCGUAGCGGCUCCACAACCGGGACGUUCAUGUAGUCUACCUCGCACCUAUGAGCGCGUGCUCUCGCCCAUGGAGUUCGAUCAUGGUCCCGAAAUGCCCAGCAAAAUUCACGUAGAUGUGAAUACGUUGCGCAAGGAACAGCGUGGGGGCAGCACAGUGACCACACAGAGUCGCACACAGUCUCUGAAUCGGAACAGCACCAUGAGGCAACAACACUACAGCAGUCUGCAGGAGUCCACCGAUCAGACGGACACACAGAUACGGGGAGGCACGCUCCCACGAUACGGUUACAGUCACUUGCAACAGCAAGCCGAGGGUCAGGCCAAGCGUCUGGGGUCGACUUUCCUGCAGAAAUCGCAUCAAUUCAUCGAUGACAUCAGUCGGGAUGUACACAGCCGGGGCAGCAAUGUUGCCACAAAUGGUCAGCGACCCGGGUUCAGGCGAGCACCCAGCGAGGGUAGCAACCAGCCACAGGCCUACAGAGACGAAUCUCGCGUCUCCCAAUAUGGCACAAAAUGCGUCGAUCCCAAUACCGGUUUAAUCUAUUUCAAAUAUGACUUUGGCUACGAAUUUGGCAUACUCUUUCCGGGUGAGGGUCACAAGUUCGUGAGCAGUCAAUGGAACAGCAAAGCUGGCAGCGGCCCCUCUGGCCUUGUAACCAAUGGCCGUCAUUCGCCCUAUCCCCUCAAACUGGGCGGAGCAGGCAAUGAGUUGAUCAUACCAGUCCAGCAUGAACGUACUGGUGUCCGGUCGAUGCCUCCGCCAAGGGCCACCACAGCCAGCAGCGGCUACAGCUCCGACAAUGAGGCGCAACGCCGCACCUACGGCACGUUGCCCAGUCGCCUAAAUCCGGCGACAACGCGCUACAACAAACGCUACAGCCUGCCCACCACACACAGUCUUGACAUCCAUCUGGAUCGUCUGCAUGCGCAGGCACCCCGACUGCCCGAUCAGCUGGUGCGCACAGUGCCGGAGUUGCCCAACACGGAGCCAGUCAAUGCGCAUUUGAACCGCGAUGAGCAAGCACAAAAGCCGCCAUUAUUUAUAACGCCAUUGAAGGAUAUUGCUGUGGGCGUGGGCGGGACCGCCCGUUUCGAGUGCAUUGUCCAGGCAUAUCCGCAGCCGCAGGUCAAUUGGACGCACAACGGUGGGCACUUGGAGCACGGAAACCGGCAUGUCAUUGAGUAUCGUAACGGUGUGUGCCGCUUGACGUUACCCCAGGCCUAUCCUGACGACUCCGGCACUUAUGUGUGCUCGGCCAUGAAUGGACUUGGGGCGGCCAGCACCAGCGGAAAUUUGAACGUUUCGAGCACGAAUCGUGGAUUUAGAUAUUAAGAUAAUAAUAAAUAAUUAUGCUAUUUAUUUAUUACGUAUUUAUGAUGAUCACUUAUUCAAGCCAAAGUUCAGCUUUUGUGUGUGUCUAAUUGUGUUGCUAUCUUUAUUUUUCUUUGAUUUUGGUUUUGAUUUUGUGUUAUUGUUGCUAAUCAAGUGUGAACAUACAUCAAAACUACAUACUACAUGCAUAUGGAAAAAAAGAAAAUAUAGUAUUAAAAGUGUUUUUGUCGAAAAUUGCAAUAAAUCACAUGAAAACGA